AUGGGUUUCUUCGGUCGCCUCCUCGGGACUUUCCCGUACAUGCUGUGCUUCUGCUGCUCAGCCAUCAUCCUCGGUUUCUACUCCUACUUCAUGGCCGUCUUGGCCGACCGGGACCGACCCAUCGCCAACUGGCUAAAGGCCGUUGAGGGUAUCUCAGGUGUAGGCGUCGUAUACACCAUCCUGGCCAUCGUCCUCACUCCAUGCCUCGGUGGCGUCCGCAUCCUUGCCUUCCUGGGCAUGGUUCUCGAUGUUGCCUUCUGCGGCGCUUUCAUUGCCAUUGCCGUCCUCACUCGUGAUGGCGUCAACAGCUGCACCGGCAUUGUCGACACUCCUCUCGGUCGCGGCAACGCUGAAACUGGCGAGGGCUUUGGCAAAAAUGGCUUUGGAACCGGUGAUGGCGACCAGUUCACUUACCAGGCCAGCUAUGGCACUGCCUGCCGUUUCAACAAGGCAUGUUUCGCAGUCUCUAUCAUCGGAGCAUUCCUGUUCCUCUUUGCAGCCGUCUGCCAAUUCUGGUUCGCUCGCCGCCACCAGAAGGAGAAGCGCUACGGCCCGUCCCCUGCCAACAACUACACCUCUGGCAGCGGCAAGGGCGCUGCUUUCUGGAGGCGCAGCAAGAAGAGGACCCCUGGUGACAACGGCGACUCCGAGCUGGGUGCCUACGGCGCGGGUGCGCCCGCCGCCAGCGCCGUCGGUGGCCCCAACGUCGACACUAGGCCCAGCGGCGAGACUGCCUACACCGGCUCCACCGUUGGAGGCGGCAACUCGCACACCUACCAGACCUACAAACCUGACGCCGGCUACACCGGCAGCUACGCUGCUCCCGGCACCGGUCCCACUUCCAACCCUUACGGCUACGAGAAGACCAACGCACACUACUAA